AGGUGGCGUACAACGUUUACGCGCAAGUAAGGAAAAGCGACCCGCAGCUGUCUGUGAGAGCCGCAUGUCGGAAAGUCAGCGAGCUCACUGGUGUUAGCGAGCGCAGUGUCUUCCGGAUUAAGCUCGACGUUAACAGUGGAACCCUGAAGUCACCGAAGCGCAAGCGCCUGCGCCUCCCCGCCAUGGAUGACCGUGCGAAAACCGGGAAGACAAGACUGGAGCUUCACGACAGCUUCUCCCUCGCAGCUCUACGAAGAAAAGUGCAUCAAUACUUUCUGAGGAAUGAACUCCCAACAGCUGCAAAACUGGCUCAAGAUGUAACCAGUGACAUGAACAUGCCUAAAAUGAGCGUGCGAACGAUGCAAAGGCUGCUUAACAAUAUCGGCUUUUCCUUUCGCAAACGGAAGAGAAACUGUGAGCUUUUGGAAAGAGACGACAUCAUCACGUGGCGACGGCGGUACCUGCGUACCAUCCGACAACUUCGCGCUCAAAAACGACCCAUAUACUACCUUGACGAAACCUGGGUCAACGCCGGACACACAAAGAAUAAAGUAUGGGAAGACGCGAACAUCACGACACGAGAGGAGGCCUUUCGGCAAGGCCUGACCACAGGGCUUCGCGCACCAAGCGGCAAAGGUGGCAGGCUCAUCCUUUUGCACGCCGGCAGUGAGGACGGGUUUCUGAAUUCUGCAUGCCUUCUCUUCCGAGCUGCAAAACGAUCUGGGGACUACCACACCGAAAUGGACGGGCCGCGCUUUGAGCAGUGGUUCGGUGAACAACUUUUGCCCAAUAUCAAGCCGUGCAGUGUCAUUGUAAUGGACAACGCACCGUACCACAGCGUCCGCCUCGAGAGAGUUCCAACAUCGUCAUCUCGAAAGGCUGACAUUCAGUCGUGGCUGACAGAAAAGAACAUCGCGUUUCACAAGACCAAUUGA